AUGGCUAACAUGAUGGCUCAUCAACCCCAAGUCCACAGUGACGCUAACGAGACCCCGGUCUCUUCUGGGUGCACGACCUGCCCGGAGCUUCAUUACAUGGAACCUAAUUCUACUUCGUAUCACUUUUCCUCUUUGCCAAACCGGGAGACACUUAAGGAGCUUUCACCGGGUCAGGCCCAAAAUCGGAGUCUCGCUCAUAGCUCGCCUCAACAACACCAAAACCAAAAGUUGUUUCUCAGACCUGGGCCUGUCAGGACUCCCCUACCUUUGCGUCGAAUACAGCACUCAUCUACCGAGACCGAGACUUUCGAACCCCUCGAGGUAGUUGAGGAAGAAGAAUCAAUGUUGUCCAGUGCUAGCUUGAUUGCGGAUAGCAAUCAUUCUGUUGACCAACUGUCACUUGAAGCAUACACUUUCAAAUCGCACCCAUUGGCUGAUGCAGAACCCUUGAGUAAAAAACCCUAUUUCUCCCACCGAGCAGGUCACUUCGAAUGGUUGGUUUCGUUCCCGGGGCCACAUGGCGAAGCCAACGACCGUGGCACUCUCAACGAUGACAGCAACGACCAUCGCAAUACUGAGGCCAAGGUUUAUGGUUGUACCCUGCUGGAACGCAUGCCACGAUACAAUGACCUCGGUCUUCGCGGUCAUACUGACAGUUACAAUUUUCUAGCGACCCCAUUAGCAGCCAAAGACUACCUGGCUUUAGGUUUUGAGCCUUCGCAUAUGCCCUACAGUACAGCCAGCAUGGCCCUGGCACCACCAGCGUACCAAGAUUGUCAAACUUUUCCACUCAAGGUGCCCGAGGUGGCGGAGGUGGUACAGCCGGCUCUUUCGCCUACUCUUACUUUAAUCAGCGAUCGAAGCAGCAGUUAUGAGGAGUUGUCGCGGCAUGGUUCUUUUUCAGUGCCCCGAAUCGAGGACUCUUUUGAAGAACUCGACAAGCUUGAAGAUGAACUCGAGGCUAUCGAUGCUGUCACUCAGGCACGACGGAUUGCCCUGCCUGAAAACGCUACCCUCAGCAGUAAACAUCUAGAGCCGCCGUCUCCAGCGACAAGGCCGACUAUCUCUAAGAGAGCAUCAGUAAUCGGCAUGUCUUCGACAUUGCGCAUCAAACCUACUGAAAAGGCACAGCCUCCUCUUCGCCGAUCAACUUCUCUUGUAUUUCGUGACAAGAAACAGGACGACUCGGACAAUACGCCCAAGGCAAACCCGCAAUUCGCACGUGGGAAGUUGACCAGCUCUCAAUCUCCAGUCUCAAAGACACCUGUCAAAUCCGCAAAGCCGCUUACCGUUCCCAAGUUCGAACUCCCUGGAGAGGCUAUAGCUCGCCGUUUAAAGGAACAGCGCGAAGCUCGCAAGGCACAGCAGGCAGAGGCUCAGAAAGCUUAUGUACCUCCACCGAGACCGAAGUCUAGUAAGCCGCUCACCAAGCCCACCUUUGAGCUUCCGGGAGAGGCCAUAUCCCGUCGUAAGCGUGAAGAGCGUGAGACCCGCCUCAAGGCACAAGAAGAAGAGGAACAGCGCAAGCGAGAGUUCAAGGCCAGACCUAUGCGGAAUAGUAUUACGCCGGGUAGCAUCCCACGAGAGACUAUUGCAAGUCUUUCCCAGAAGGGAAAGCUACCGCCACAAGAGGACACCUCAAAGCAGCCGAUCAACAUCAAGGCCAAGCGGAUGUCCAGUUUGGGGCCGCGGUCAGCCCCUGGUUCCCAGAGCCAGAUUUCCCAGAGUCGAGGUCGACUGUCUACCGCCACGUCACAUGAGAAUCUCAAUCGGAAGACCUAUACAUCUAUUGGCAGCGGUAUUGGAAAGCGAGCUGCCCUUUCUGCCGAAGAGGCACACCAACUCAAAAUGCGUGGCCGGGAGAUUUUCCGGCGAGACAACAACGCUUAUGUGCAAGACAAGGAGCGUGAGAGGCGCGAGCGUGAGGAAGCGACGCGGUUAGCCCGAGAACAGGCUGCAGAACGCUCUAGGAUUGCGAGUCGGGAAUGGGCAGAAAAGAAACGCCUUAAGGGGCUCGCUCCGCCGCAGUCCAUGAGAAGACAGUGA